CUGCAGCUCGCAGAUCAUUUCAAGAAUGGCUGGGGGUAAGGGGCAGGCAAUUUUCCUGUUGUUUUUCUUACAAUUUCCACUCCUGCAGACGGCCAAGAUCUUGACAGUAUGCUUAAUCGGUGGAAGUCAUUAUCUGCUGAUGGAUAAGAUCUCUCAUAUACUGCACAACAACGGCCAUGACGUGAGAAUGCUACUACAAGUUGGAGAUGGCAUGCUCCCAGAUGACCAGCUCCAACGCAGCUCCUACCCUGUCUCCACGUACUCGCUGGACGAGGAGUAUCGACAGCACUAUAAAGACCUUUUCAAUGAAAAUCAGAAGGAAUUUCUUAUGGGCCGAAGUAAUCUACACAUCUUCUUGAAAUUCCUCAAUGAGCUCUCCUAUCAGUGUAAUAUAACUCUGCAUCAAUCUGAUAUACUCAACUUCUUAAAGGAGGAAAAGUAUGACCUAGCAGUCGUCGAGGGCUUUAACCCUUGUUCUUUCCUGGCCAUGGAGAAGCUGGGAGUUCCUUAUAUCGCUUUCUUCCCUGGGAUCUUCAUGAAUGCCGGCAGGGUCGGGAUAGCAGGUCCUCUGUCCUACGUACCAUUAUUUAACUCCCACCUCACUGACCGCAUGGAUUUCUUUGGACGUUUGAAGAACACCUUUAUGUACCUGGGAUCAUACGUAGUAGAUUGGCAAAUAGAUGCGUUGUUUGAGAAGGUCAUUGAUGAGCACUUUCCUGUGGGCUCCAGACCAUCCAUUGCUGACCUGCAUAAAAAGGCUGAGCUCUGGAUCUACAACAUAGACUUCAGCAUUGAGUUCCCUCGACCACUUUUACCAAAUAUUCAGUACAUUGGAGGAUUAUUGGCCAGGCCUGCAAAGCCGGUAACUCAAGAACUAGAAGACUUUAUAGCAGAAUCGGGGGAGUCCGGCUUUAUAGUGGUGACACUGGGGUCAAUGAUUUCUUCACUGCCUCUAGUGGAAUUUCUGAAGGAGAUGAAUGAUGGAUUUGCUAAGAUCCCUCAGAAAGUCAUCUGGAGAUAUGACAAGUCAUGCUGGCCGAAAGAACUGAACCUCUCCCAUAAUGUCAGGAUCAUGGACUGGUUGUCCCAGAACGAUUUGUUGGGCCACCCCAAAGCGCGCCUUCUGGUGACACAUGGAGGAAUGAAUAGUCUGAUGGAGGCCGUGUACCACGGAGUUCCCGUGGUGGGGAUCCCACUUUUUGGAGACCAAUAUGAAAAUAUGGUCCGCAUUAAAGCAAAGGACAUGGGAACAUUUAUUCCACCAGAUCUAAUGGAGGCCGAGAACUUUGCAAACACCAUGCGAGAAAUAAUAGAGAAUAGCCGCUACAAGACGUCAGCAGCGAAGCAGAGUACUAUCCUGCGCUCACGUCCAUUCCCCCCCGACCAGCAGUUAGUACGAUGGGUGGAGCACAUCAUCCAGUCCGGCGGAGGCGGCCAUCUUAGGCCCUAUUCUUACCAACAGCCCUGGUAUCAGCAGCACCUCCUGGACGUCAUCGUAUUUAUCUCAGCCUGUGUCGCUGCGAUCAUCUACCUCAUCGUGAAGGUCAUCAGAGUCCUCAUCUCCUGCAUAUCUCCUAACAGAAAGCAAAAACAAAACUGAUAUUUUAUAAAAAUAGAAUUUUUGCAUAUUUUGUGUAAAAAUUUGUAAUUGUUUUUAUUUUUUUCUUAAUAAAAAUUAGUCACAAAAA